UAAUUACCCUGGAGUCUAUAUAAAGACAAGUAUUUUCCAUAUACCUUUAAUGUAGUUUUAUUACCCUCACGAUGAAGGUACUUGCACUUCUUUUUCUUACUUUCGUUUUGGUCAAAUGUGUACCUGCACCUUCCCAGUACACUACCAAAUAUGACAACAUCGACUUGAAUCAGAUACUAAAAAGCGACAGACUUUUAAGAAAUUACAUAAACUGUCUUUUGGAAAAAGGGAAGUGUAGUCCUGAUGGUGAAGAAUUAAAAUCCCACAUUGAGGAUGCGCUUCUUACGUCAUGUCAAAAAUGUAGCGAAAAACAGAGAAAUGGUAGCAAGACCAUCGUACGAUUUUUACUGAAGAACAAACGCGACUGGUGGAAUGAGUUGGAGGCCAAGUACGACCCGUCGGGAAGCUACAAAACCAAAUAUGCAGAAGAAUUGAAAGCAGAGGGAAUUGAGAUAUAAGAUAGCGUUUUUUAGCCAGAUUUAUAAAUAAAUGUUUAUUAUUUCUUGAGAAUAUUGUAUGUAAAUAUGUCGGUAAUAAUAAAUAAUUAA